UUGGACUGUUCCCUUUUCAUUUAAAAUACUCUCCUACUGUAGUUUCAGGCAACCUUUGUUUACCUGCCGCCUGAUACUGUUCUAGCUUUACCUUGUUGAAUUCAAGUUGCAAUAAAUCAUUUUUUUUCGUCCCAGGGUCGAUAUUUCGAGAUGGCUUCAGGCUACAGAAAACCCAACACCACUUCCAACCAGAGGAAAAAGGCAGGUCCUAAACCAGAUUUGACAGAGGAACAAAAGCAGGAGAUCAGAGAGGCCUUUGACUUGUUUGAUACAGAUGGGUCGGGCACAAUUGACGUGAAGGAACUCAAGGUUGCCAUGCGUGCCCUUGGCUUUGAACCAAAGAAAGAAGAGAUCAAGAAGAUGAUUGCAGACAUUGACAAGGAGGGCUCUGGGACCAUUGAUUUUAAUGACUUUCUCUGUAUGAUGACACAGAAAAUGAGUGAAAAAGACUCAAAAGAAGAAAUUCUGAAGGCUUUCCGCUUAUUUGAUGAUGACGGCACGGGCAAAAUCUCCUUCAAAAAUCUCAAGAGAGUUGCCAAGGAGCUAGGCGAAAGCCUGACAGAUGAGGAAUUGCAGGAAAUGAUUGACGAAGCAGACCGAGAUGGAGAUGGAGAGAUCAACGAGCAGGAGUUUCUAAGGAUAAUGAAAAAGACAAGUCUAUAUUGAAUGUCUUAUGUUUCCCAACGUUUAUUUUCCACUGCUGGAACGCUCUCAGUUAUAUGUCUUUGAUUCUUUUAAGGGUACUUUAUGAUAUAGUGGCUUUUUUCAUAUGCGUUGUAAAUUAUUAUAACAGCUCUAUACACCGAUUGUAUGAUAUUUGAGAAAAAAUAAAACAUAUUUAAUCAUUUCAAA